GUCGUGUAAACAAAGUAGAUCGGGUUGUCCAAAUGAACAAUGCCACCAGCAAAACAAGGUCCGGUAUUGCCGAUACCUCCAGGCGACAGAGGACCACAUCAACUGUUAAUGUGAGAGACUUACCUUGCAACAUGCAAACACAGGGCUUCUUUGUGUCUGCGGUCAUAACUAUCCUAACAGGUGGAACAUUGGCCCAGAAUGGGUGCAACAUUAAAUGUGCAGACUGCAUCAGAAGUCGUUGUAGAGAGUGCUACUAUGGGUUCUGGGGCUCCGACUGUACACACAACUGUGUGAACUGCUGGCUUGGAGGGUGCAACAAACACACGGGCAAAUGUGUCCAGUGUAGCCCUGGGCGGUAUUCUACUGACUGCAGUAAGCUGUGUCCCAACAACUGUAGAUAUUCAAGCCACGACAAGGUCACACACUGUGGGCGUUCUGAAGGCAGGUGUUUGGAGGGGUGUAAAGAAGGUUGGUGGGGGACGACAUGCGGAAUGCCGUGCAGUACAGGGUGUAAGUCUGCUUGUUAUCAGGCAGACGGGGACUGUAUUUCGGAUUGUAGACCCGGCUGGUAUAGUAUGCGGUGUGACACACAGUGUUCUAUGGGCUGCUUGUCAGGCACAUGUGACUGGUUAACUGGCGUCUGUGUUGGCGAUUGUAAGAACGGUUAUGAUGGACCAAACUGUGAGGACAUAUGCAGCAAAAACUGUCAAUCUACAUGUCAAUAUGACGAAACAUCUGACGGACUGUACUGCUCUGCUGGCUGUCGUGAUGGGUGGACAUCACUCUACUGUAAUGAAACAUGUGGGAGUAGAUGUCACGUGUGUCCUCAACACAGUGGAAGCUGCACAACAUGUAAGACUGGAUAUUAUGGCAGAUUUUGUCAGCUGACAUGCCCUGAGAAAUGCAAAGCCUGUGAUCAGAUAUCCGGCCUGUGUACAGAAUGCAUUGAAGGAAAAGUAUGUGACAAAGAUGCCAGGUCUUACGAAGAAGCGGGGUACGAUGGAAACAGUCCAGAAGAAAACGAUAUAGAGGAAUCCUACAAUUCUGCAGAGGGGCACCAAGACGAUUCACGAAGAUUGUUUACUGGAUUGAUUCUGCUCUUUACAUUUUGGACAAAAUAUCGUUAAGCCCAUCAGUGAUUUAUGUUUUUGUGUGAGAAGUACGAAUCAACCAAUUCAGAAGGACGAAUAUCAACGUCGUGCAUAUCUUGAAAUAUUAAUACCCUUACAGGCUUAAUAUUAAGAUAACUGGAAUGUGUUGAGUAUUUGUAAGUGGUAAUUGUGCCUUUCACGUAACAUUGAUGUUGGAGGAAAGCCCGAAGAUGUGCAUGUCUUACAAAUUCACCACUUUGGUAAAACCAGUGAUCACGGGCAGGUACAGACCAACCGAAAACUAAAAUCAUGGCAAUUGUGGGAUUUGAACUUCUGUCUUCCCCAAGGGACGUAACUCUGCACAACGAAUUCCGAACCGCCUUCGCGGAUUGUAACAGGAAGUGACGUAUAGCUGGAGGCUUGCGAUAUCCUUCUAUAACAGCUUCAUGAAAAUUUGGGGAUGGACCCUUUAGAAAAGAUGUAGGCAUCUCUACGGGCACCAACUGCUCUCCCCUCUUUGCUGAUCUGUUUCUUCAUCAGUAUGAAUAGGAAUUUCUGCUCGGAUUGGCAAAAAUAAAAACAAGGCAAUUUGGCCAAGAACUUAACGUAAGCUUUAUAUCUAUGAGCUGAUAUCGUUCAAUGGUAACCAAGUGUCUCCCAAGCAGGUAUUGAAACCAGAUCAUAUUUAUAUUUGCUUGUGUUUUUAAGCACUGUAUUUAUUAUUUAUUACAAUUCCUGAUUUGAAAUAAAUAUUUGCCUAACUGUACAGGUAUGUUCUAACAAGCUUGUGUGCUCAAAUGUUAUAAGAAGAUGUUUACUGCUUUUGAUUGGCGCUAGUGGCAAAGGGCUGUAUGUAGUUGUAUUUGUCAACAACGAGGCCUCUUUAUAUGUGUGGAAAUAUUACAAAUAUACUAGUAUUGUAUGCA